UUGUGGUCAGUCUUGUAGUAAAUGGUAAAUGUGUGGAGAGACAUACGUAGAAGCGACUCAUGACUGCGAGAAAGGAGUGGAUACGCGACAGCGAGGUGUAUGGUGAUUGUCGCAAACAAUGUAACAGUAUGGACACAAAAGGUCCAGGUAUACAGAUGGAUAAGAUAAGAUUGGGUUUCCACCAUCUCCGCGAUAUGGAUGACCAAUAACCGAGGCCCCAGUGACGACAUGUUGAUCGACUUUGUGCAGAUACAGCAGUUGAAAGAGCCUCUUCGUGUCCUUUCUCCGUCUUGUAUAGUUGCAAAGAUUUGAAGUUGCAACAAUAGCAAAAAGAUGCCUAUACCUGCUCUCCCUCAGCCCGCACACGCAGAGCUCGAUUCAAUGUUGACGAGGAAGUUUGGCAAGGAAGUUGCCAAUUACUUUGCUGGCAAUCCGUUGAACCGCUUUGGCUUCCUCCGCAGCGACAAUGUCUUUCUCUCUGGGGCUCUCAGACACCCCUCGACCAAGUUCCUUCCUUGCAACAACCUACAGCCAUUGACAAAGGACAAGGCCAACCUCGCCUACGUCCAGUACAAGCAUGUGCAACCCAUCAUUGGCGAGGAUCCUUAUGCCAUUCCCGAGGACAAGAUGAUCGAGACGUUCAACUCAAAGACCUUCAUCCCCCAGAUGAUCUUCCUCGGUCUGGACGAGUCCGUCAAGGAGAACUCAUACAGCUACGAAGCAAAGAAUGCCGUCCACCAGGGAACCCCCUACUUCGCCAUCGACGUCACUCCCAAGGAUCCCUUGACCCAACAAUGCAACGACCUGAUCAAGUCCCUCGAAGACAAGAACCUCACCUUCCAACAAGGCCGCUCUAUGGACCUCGUAGCAGGCGAUGCAGCAAUCUACGCAGAAGCCCGCCAGCUCCUUGACUGGAACAUGCGCAACCCCUUCUGCGCACAAUGCGGUCACCCUACUCUCAGUGUCAACGGCGGCUUCAAGCGCACCUGCCCACCCACAGACGCAAGCUCCCUCCCUGCCACCGCCCUCUCCACCUCAAACACCCCGGCCUCCUCCAUCGACCGCCCCGCCUGCGCAACCAGAAAAGGCGUCUCCAACCUCUCCUUCCCCCGUACCGAUCCGACCAUCAUCGUCGCCGUCGUGAACCACGCAGGCGACAAACUUCUCCUCGGUCGUAGCAAGCGUUUCCCAAAGUACUGGUACUCUACCCUCGCCGGCUUCUGUGAACCCGCAGAGUCAAUUGAAGAAGCCACGCGCAGAGAAGUUUGGGAAGAAGCUGGUAUCCAUCUCGGUCGUGUGAUCAUUCACUCCACUCAACCAUGGCCGUAUCCUGCAAACCUCAUGAUUGGAGCCAUCGGCCAGAGUGUUCCUGAAGGCGAAAAGAUUGAUCUUGGCAAUGACCCAGAGUUGGAGGAUGCAAAGUGGUUCACCUUUGACGAGGUAAGGACGGCAUUGAGAGUUGGCACUAGUGGAUUGGACGAGGGCCCGAAGCCAGAGUACAAGGAGGGUGAUUUGAGAUUGCCGCCAGAGACUGCUAUCGCCCAUCAGCUUAUUAGUGCUGUUGUGGAAAAGGGCUUUGUGGCUGCUGCUCCCAAGAUUUAAGAUGGGGUUCAUCUUAGACGUCUAUAUUCUUGGAAGAAUUGGAAAGAUGUAGAUUGGAUAUAUCGAGAAUCGCCAACUACAAAUAUACUUUGGUGACAUGCAAAAGCCAAAAAGUGAAACUCAGAAUACAAGUCAUGUCUACACGGCUGUUCUCGACUCUCACGAAAGCCUCGCGCAAUACUCGUAGAUUCUCAAAU